AUGUCCCAGCAGCGCCCUUCCCCUCCAGACUCUGCACGGUGCAUCCAGACUCCGGGAAUACCAGCUCUCCGCCUGCAUAGUGCAGCGCUGCCUUUGGCAUUCUCUGGGGAACGGGCUUUGAAGCCAGGCACUUGUUCAAAUGCCCCUGAUGAGGUUUAUGGAUGGCUGGACAUUGGCAGUGGGAGAUUAACCUGCACUGCAGGACUGUGCACAUACAUACAUGUAGACAGGACACAAAGCAGAAACCUGGAGCCUCAGAAACACAGAGGCAGUCCUGAGCUACAGGCUCCUGAAGAAGGAGAAGGGCUGCGGCCUUCUCAGCAGUGUGAAAAAAACGGCGAUGUCAAAAAGAGAAGGUCAAACCAGGCAGAUAUUCCUGAUCUCCUUCGCCAAGAAGCAGAAGCCUGUUACCAGCUUAAGCUGCCUGAAGACUUCUACCAGUUCUGGAAGUUCUGUGAGGAGCUGGAUUCUGAGAAUCCAAGUGAUGCACUUGUGUCAAGUGUUGGACUUAAACUGGUUGGACCAUAUGAUAUUCUUGCUGGAAAACACAAAAAAGUAAAAUCAACAAAUGUGGAUUUCAAUCUUCACUGGAGAUUUUUCUAUGAUCCCCCAGAAUUCCAGACUAUAAUUGUUGAGGAUGGCAAAACCCAGUAUCACAUGGGAUAUUUCAGGGAUGUGCCAGAUGAGCUUCCAGUGUGGGUUGGUGCAAAUGAAGCUAAGAAGAGCUGUGUGAUUUCACAAGUUGGUGAUAAUGCAUUUGCUGCAGUCAAAUUGUUUUUGUCAAAAAAACUUAAGGAAGUGACUGAUAAAAAGAAAAAUGCUCUUUUGAAAGACAUAGAUGAAAAGCUAACAAGAACAGCAAAAGAACUGGGUUAUUCUCUUGAACAGAAAACCAUGAAGAUGAAACAGAGAGAUAAGAAAGUAGUGACCAAAGCGUUUCAUGGAGCAGGCCUAGUUGUUCCUGUAGACAAAAAUGAUGUUGGAUAUAGAGAACUUCCUGAAACAAAUGCUAAUCUUAAAAAAAUUUGUAAGGCCAUUGUUGAUGCUCCUACUGAUGAUCAGAGACUAAAAGCUUUUGCACCCAUUCAAGAAAUGCUCACUUUUGUCCAGUUUGCUAAUGAUGAGUGUGAUUAUGGAAUGGGAUUUGAGCUGGGCAUGGACCUGUUUUGCUAUGGAUCACAUUACUUUCACAAGACUGCAGGUCAGCUGCUGCCUCUUGCUUACAACCUGCUGAAGAGAAACCUCUUUGCUGAGAUUAUCCAGUCGCACUUGGCAAACCGGAGAGAAGACAAUGUGGACCAGCUUGCACUGUGA